UUCUCUCCACCCUGUCCAGAAAAUCACCACCUCUCUCUUUAAUGGUCAGAACUAUCUAGCGUGGUUGCAGAGUUUGACUAUAUUUUUGAAAAGCAAAGGGAAGAUGGGAUAUGUUGAUGGGCGUGUUCAGGCUCCCAGUAUCACCGAUACAGGUUAUGAUCAGUGGGAGAUUACCAAUUCUCUUAUCAUGGGUUGGUUGAUACACUUUAUGGUUCCGGAGAUCGGUGAGGGAUACUUGUCUAUGGACACAGCACAGGAUAUUUGGGAGGCUGUGGCCACUACGUAUUCCCGCAAAGCAAUGGGUGGAAGCGACUUGAUCAUCUUCAGGACUACAAGCCUGUCUGUUCCACAGAUUCUGCUGGUUAUCGAAAAUUUGUUGAACAAGUGCGGGUCUUCAAGUUUUUGGAAGGUUUGAAUGUGGAGUUUGAUCCUGUUCGGAGUCGUGUGCUUGGUAU